AUGACAUCCCCGGCCGCAAGGCCGCCUACAGCCGACGAUGGCGAUAAGAAUGGCGCAUCCGCUUCCCCCGUGCCCUCUAAGCAGUUCGGUUCUUCAGGUGACAAGUCCAAGAUGAACGAAGACAGCGCAGCAACCGAUCAAUCCAACGCAUCUGGUCCAAGGCGCAAGCGGGUCCAAGAGAGACACCAAGCUCGCAAGCGCGGCCCUGCACAACCCUCGGUUUUCUCCCGACGCGAUCGAUCUCGCAGCCCCAAAAAUGCCGCGGGCGAUGACUCGCGCCAGCGCUCUCGGUCCCCUCUGCGCCGUCGCUCACCAGCCCCCGAAGAACAGCCGAGGCAGCGCAAACGGCCCGGUGGUGGAUCUCGGAUGGGAAUCGUGAACCCGGAGGUGAUGCGGCGGAGACAAGAGGAGCAGGAACAACGUGAGCGGGCCCGGGAGGAGGAAGAGAUGCGGUCGUUCCGAGAGCGAGGCGUCUCGGACGUCGUCAGACAACACUACAAUGCCGUUCCUGAGCGUGGUCGUGAGUGGCGGAAGACGGAGAGCAAAAUCAAGGGACUGCGCAGCUUCAACAAUUGGGUGAAAAGUACGUUGAUUCAGAAGUUUUCACCCGACGAGGAAUUCGCUCUGCGCUUCAAUGAUACCAAGGAUUGGGCGAAUGACAGUGGAGGCCCGCCUCCGAUGGAAGACAAGCGGCUGCUGGUCCUCGAUUUGGGCUGUGGAAAGGGUGGUGAUCUUGGCAAGUGGCAGCUUGCGCCGCAAAUCGUCGAUCUCUACGUCGGCCUUGACCCGGCUAACAUCUCGAUUGAGCAAGCUCGGGAUCGAUACGUUUCUAUGCGCUCUGGUCGAGGUCAGCGAGGACGUCGUCCGCCUCCUUCAUUAUUCCAUGCCGAAUUUUACCCGAAGGACUGCUUUGGUGAGUGGUUGGGCGACAUUAAGAUCAUCCAGGAUGUAGGUAUCGAUGCCAAUGCUGGGCCUGGUGGCUCGCUCAUGGCUUCACGAUGGGGAGGUGGUGGUUUUGACGUUGUCACGUCAAUGUUCGCCAUCCACUACGCCUUUGAGAGUGAGGAGAAGACCCGACAAAUGCUCAGCAAUGUUGCCGGCUGUUUGAAGAAGGGCGGUCGCUUCAUCGGCGUCUGUCCAAAUUCCGACAUGAUCACCGCUCGCGUGAGUGCAUUCCACAAGAAACGCAAGGAACGAGAAGCCGCGAAGCCUGCCACGACCGAGGCUCCCGAAGACGGCGAAGUCCAAGAAGAUGAUGUUUGUGAAUGGGGCAACGACAUUUACCGUGUCCGUUUCCCCGGUGCCACCCCGGAGGAUGGUGUCUUCCGCCCACCAUUUGGCUGGCGGUAUACCUACUUCAUGCGAGAAGCUGUCGAAGAAGUUCCGGAAUAUGUUGUCCCCUGGGAAGCCUUCCGAGCGUUGACCGAGGAUUACAACCUGGAGCUUCAAUACCGCAAGCCUUUCCUGGAUAUCUGGGAGGAUGAGAAGAAUGACCGUGAAUUGGGCCCAUUGAGUGAGCGAAUGGGUGUUCGCAACCGCACUACCGGCGAACUGAACAUGACCGAGGAGGAGAAGGACGCAGUUAGCUUCUACCACGCAUUCUGCUUCUACAAGGUUUAG